CAACGACCAUCCUAUCAAAGGAACGACCUCAACCCCAUUUACUACACACCCCAGUCAACUCUCUCACAAUGGACGCCGCCGCCGCUGCACUCAAUAAAUUCAUCUCAGGGAAGACCGAAUCCGGUUCUACGACCGAGCAAAAGACCACCUCGGUCACGGAAUCCGGAUCCAGCACCGAGCAAAACACCAACCCAUCCAAGGCAUCUUCAGACCAAGUCACAACAAAAACUGCCGAUGAUACGGUGGUUGACCAAAGCGUUGCGGCUGCAGUAGAGCAUGAAACAAUCCGCCGCGAAUAUGAGACCCGCGAGCAGAAGGAAGUAGACAGAGAGGCUCACCAGGAUCACUACCACACCACGAUCCAGCCGCUCAAAGCGCAAGAGGCCGAGGAGAAGCACAUCAAUGAGACCGCUGUAACAGAAGAGCGCCAAAUCAACAACGACAUCAACGGCGACAAAGUCAAAGCUCAGGUGGAAGCCGAGCGAUCGCAGUUCCAGAACACUUCGGAGGAGAUCCAGGAGAGGGAGGUCAAGGUCCAAGAGCCUACCAUUGGCGGAGGAGAGAAAGUCCACCACCACCUCCACGAGACGAUCCAGCCGGUGAUCGAGAAAGAGCGGGUAGUGCGGGAAGUUAAGCACGUCACCAAGCCAGUGCACGAGGUCGUCCAGGAGCCCAGCGUUGAUCUCGGUGUCAGUCGUGCAGAAGCCAUUUCAGUGGAGCAGUUCCAGGGCAAGCUGUCCGGAGAGCACGUCAAGGAGGUCAAGCAUGAUGGCGAGCACACCAUUCCAACCACGACGGCUGUGACCGCGAAGGAGGAGUAG